AUGGCAAGUGCUGUUGGAAUUCGACCAAAGGUAUCUCAUGAUCUUAUGGCGAUACAAAUGGGUGGGAGAGAGUUUUUAGGGUUUAUUCCUGAAGAUUACAAAAAUUAUCUACGAUCCAAAAGAACACGAAAUAUGAUGGUGGGAGAUACUGGAGUUGAUGAAGAUGACUUGAUAACUAAUAUUUUUUGGACUGAUGCUAAGAUGAGAGCUGAUUAUGUCAAUUUCAGAGAUGUUAUUUCCUUUGACACAACCUACAGGAAGAACAAUGAAGGACGUCCAAUUGUGUUGCUUGUUGGUGUUAAUCAUCAUAAACAAUCCGUGCUUUUUGGUGCAGCUUUAUUAUAUGAUGAAACUUCAUUGACGUUUGAGUGGUUGUUUGAUAUAUUUACCAAAGCUAUGGGUGGGAAAAAAUCAACAACUAUUCUAACAGAUCAAGAUGCAGCAAUGACAAAGGCUUUAGCUUCAAGAUGGCCUGAAACGCAUCAUCGUUUAUGCAUUUGGCAUAUUUAUCAGAAUGCCGCCAUACAUUUGAGUGGAGUUUUUUCUCAAUUAAAAGAGUUUGCCAAUGAUUUUGUGUCUUGUGUAUAUGAUUUUGAUGAAGAAGACGAUUUUAUUUCAGCAUGGAAUCUGAUGCUGACCAAGUAUGCAUUAGAAGACAAUGAUUGGUUGAGGCGUCUUUUUCAAAUAAAGGAAAAAUGGGCUUUAGUAUAUGGACGACACAUGUUUUGCGCAGAUAUGACUACAACUCAAAGAAGUGAGAGUAUGAACAUUCUUGUAAAAAGAAAAUUUGAAUUUGGUGGGAUUCUGUGUUCUCAUAUUUUGAGAAUAUUUACAGUGAAAAAUAUCAUGAGUAUCCCAAAAGAGUACAUACUAAAAAGGUGGACGCGAAAAGCUAAGGUUGGAUAUUUUGAAGUUAAUGAUUCAAAUGCUAACAAAGCUAGUUUGGAUCCAAAAGUACAUCAAAAUAUUCAAUAUAAAGAACUGUGUGGGUUGUAUGUUCAAUUGGUUACCAAGGCAACUGAGAGAGAAGACACUUACAAAGUUGUUAAAAAUGGUAUUUUGGAUAUGUUAAAAUUGAUAGAUGGGAAGUUACAAGCUCUUAAGAUAGAUGAUACCAAUGUUUUAAACGAAAAAAAUGUACAAAUUGGUGAAGGUAACCCUUUUGGAGUGAAAGGAAUUAGAACGAGGAAGAAAACAUUUGCAGGUAGAAGAUUGAAACAUGGCAUAAAGAAGAUUUCACGGAAAAAAAAAGGCAUCGAGACAAACCAAUCAAACUUCAACAAUUGA